AUGACCGGGCCCGCUGUUGAUGCUUUUACCGAACCUUUUGAGAACACGACUACAGCCAUAUUUCCAAUUUUCGCGAUGGAUGCUGUGGAAGACCGGGACUUGAAGCUUCAACGGGCUUCCGGCGACCUGGUGACAGAUUUCUCGGAAUUGCUGCCGUCACUGUUGUGGAGAUUUGAAAAAGGAACCCCUCUCCGCACCCCACGCAGAUGGGCACCAGUCUCCAAGACGGAGAAGCUCGUAACCCUUCUUGAACCUUUCCAAGAAUGGCCUCAACUCUUGGACCCGCAUUUGCAGAAGCUGCUGCCUCCUUUGGUGGAUGCCUUUCUGGCAUAUUUGACCAAGCAUCGCAGUCAGUAUGGCUCUCAAGUAGCGAAGGCCUCUCAAGGCCCAGCUUUGUAUCCUCUUCCGAAAGCAAUCUGUAGGCUGCUUUACACGUUCUGUAAGGUUCGUGGAGCCAAGGUGAUCAGCAGAUUCCUUAACAACGAGCCCAAAUAUCUUGACUCACUGCUGCGAGCUUUCGUAGAGUGGGACAGUGCCUCAUUACCAGAUGUGACAAAUGAGGACUCCUUGGCGUCAAAUUCACAGACUCUACAGUGGGAAGAGCGAUAUGUCAUGUUGGUCUGGCUCUCGCAUCUCCUGCUGGCACCAUUUGAUCUUUCCUCGCUAUCCUCCGAUGAUAUUCCUAUCCCGUACGAAAACUUGGGGCAAAUUGGGACUAUUCCUGACAACACUCCAAUGAUCGCAAAGUCACUGCUGUCUUUGGCCCUUCAUUACAUCCAUGUUCCUGGCAAAGAGCGUGAGGCAGCAACGGCUCUCUUAGCACGACUUACUCUGCGUGGCGACAUGCAAGUCCUCGGGUUUUUGACGCGUCUUACUGAUUGGGCCUUUGCUAUCUUGCAGCCUGCUGAUGACGAGGAACAGCCUUCAGUCUAUUCCUGUAUCGGAGUUCUUUCAUUCAUAGCCCGUCUGGCUGGUUCUGGCCAGUUGGAGGUUUUUGCGCCUUUUCUCAGACGUAUCUUUGAACAAACAAUCUCCGUUUCACAGGGUACCUCAAAUGUUUCAACAAUCAUUAAAACCUCUGCUAUUGCCCGGAAAACUGUGGUCAAAAUUCUUCGCAACUUUACAGUCAUGGCUCUGUCUCUGAGUGAAAGAAAAGAUAGCACUCUCACUGAUGAUCAGCUCUCUACUAUCCUCGAAGAUACCAUUGAUCACUUCCUAGUGGCUCUUUCAGACAAGGAUACGCCUGUGCGCUUUGCUUCAAGUAAAGCACUCAGUUUUGUCACUCUGAAACUGGAUCCAGAAAUGGGAGCGGAGGUCAUCGAGGCCGUUAUUGGCUCACUCGGAGAGAACAUUCUUUACGAAAGAGAAGAUGGCACCCUGAUUACUCCCUAUGAGGCACGUAAUGCGGGCUUACAGUCGCUGGAACGCAACACGAGCGGCGUUGAUGCGCAACAAUGGCAGGGUCUAAUGCUGACUCUAUCCCAUCUGCUAUUUCGCCGUGCACCUCCGACGCAUCAGCUCCCCGAGAUUCUUCAGUCUCUCGUCUCGUGUCUUGAUUUCGAACAAAGAUCAUCCACUGGUAGUUCUGUGGGAACGGGUGUUCGUGAUGCCGCUUGCUUUGGUAUUUGGGCAUUGUCUCGAAAGUACACAACUUCUGAACUACAAGCCAUACAGGCCCAGACUGUGCCCUCGAUUUCUGGGAAAUUCGAAGUGGAUGUCUUGCAAAAGCUGGCUGUGGAACUGGUCUGCUCCGCCUGUGUAGAUCCGUCCGGAAACAUCCGACGAGGUGCAUCUGCUGCUUUGCAGGAAUUGAUUGGCCGUCACCCUAAUAUGAUUACUGAGGGUAUUCAUCUUGUGCAAGUCGUUGACUACCAUGCUGUUGCGCGGCGUUCCCGUGCUAUGAUCGAUGUGGCUAAGUCCACUGCCUCUCUAGACCUGGUGUAUUGGGGUCCGCUUCUGGACGCUCUGAUGAACUGGCGAGGUAUUGGUUCUCCGGAUGCCGAAUCACGGCGGCAUGCAUCACGAUCCAUUGAAUCAUUGAGCAGACAAGAAAAGUUCAAGUCUAUGAACUACGUUCUACAGCGGCUCUUGAGUAAGCUUUCUCGUAUUCCUCGAGGUGAUGUGGAGUCACGACAUGGAUGCUUAUUGUCGAUUGCCACUACCAUUGACGCAUAUACCUGUGAGUGGAAUUCAUCACCAGAGUUGAGAGAUACGCCAGAAGGGAGAGAAGUCUCUUCCCGUGUCGCUAGGUUGUGGGAAAUUUUCGACUCUCCGUACAGCCCUAGUGACAACGAUUUGACCCUUCAAAGCUCUCGCCCUGAGUUAACCGCAGAGGCAUCCUCUUGUCUCAUCUCUGCACUCUGUCGGGCAACCAUUUCAGUUGACAUUGGACGACCAUCGGAGGCAUUGCUUGAUCGCGUUCUCCAUAUUUUAUCAUUGUGUGUUUCACGUGGUGAGGAUAUUUCUAUUCAAACCUCAUCAACCGCACUUUCUCUGUUAUUUCCACUAUUAUCGCCAGCAAAACAAGAUAGCACCGUGCAGGCAUGGUUCUCCCAUCUUCGCGCUUCAUCGAGGCUUCCCAGUGGCCGAGGCCAGGUUUUAGCCCUUGGUGCCGUUUUCAAACAACUCGAGGGCCGAGAAAACCUGCAGCAGGACAUUAUAACAGAAUUGCUCAGGUGCACUGGAAAGGAGGAGUUCAUCGAAAAGCGAGUCCUUGCUGUGAGGUGCUUCGCCACCGGUGUCGUGCCACACACGAUCAAACUCUCACCUUUAACUCAAACCAUUGCCCAGAGUCUGGUUGGGUUCCUCAAUGAUUAUACCACGGACAGGAGAGGAGAUAUCGGGUCCUUAAUUCGGAUCGAGGCGAUUGAAGUAGCAAAAAUACUUCAACCCAAACUUUCAUCAAGCUCACCUAUUGUCUUCGAACUCGCCGGGUGCCUUUGUCGGCUUGCGUGCGAGAAGCUCGACAAGGUCAGACUACAAGCAUCACUUUGCCUGCAGGACUGUUUCUGGGAAAUGGUUGACUUUAAUCCUUUCCACGGGAGAUUUGAGCAUGUCAGCGACGUAUCUUCUCAGGAGUAUUUCUUUCAACUGCUUUCAUCCUGGGGCCAGGAGUGGUUGCGUCUCCCACUUCUGCAAGGCCUAGCUACCUCUGCAGUUGCCGGUGCCGAAGGUCUUGUCCGCGCCUCGCGGGCUGCUUUGAUUCAGUUUCUCAACUCCCACAGUCCACACUCGGAUCCCAAUAUCUUGAUUGAGAUUUUGCAGGUUUUGUCGACUGCCCUGCAGGAUAACCUUCCAGACGACCGUUAUGCCAUCCCUAUAAUUGAGCUCAUUGCAUUCUUGUUGGACAGCUAUCAUGGCUACGCAGUUGCUGAUCCAAAUGGGUCGGACCCCGUUUUCAGGAAGAUCUUCCUCCUCGUCCAGAAGGCCCAUUUCCGAUCAGCAAAUAUCGCUCGCAUGGAGGGGGCAGUCAAGGUUUAUGCCGCAUUGGCGGAAAUUGGAUCGUUGCAAGGGGACGUGUUGAAGAAGCUGACGGCGAUGCUGCUGCAUCCGUUCCCAAGAGUUCGUUCAAGUACGGCAGAGUACCUUUAUAUGAUGACCAACUCUGACACCGUGAAGUAUGAGGAUUGGUCUGCAUCCCCCAGGGAGUUGAAAGAGAAGGUGGACAUAUUAAGGAGCGAUUUGAUACAACAAGGUAGUUUUUAG